AUGACCAGCAAAGCAAGAAUGAAGGCAUAUCUAUACCUCCCUGCCCUAGAGGAGGUGAAGCUGAGGGAGGUCCAAGACAUGAAAAGGGUGGGGGACACCCCAACCCUAAUGGAUAGGAUUGGUUUUUGGAAUCCCAGAGGUUUGAAUAAGCCAGAUAAACAGAGAGAAAUAAAUUUGUUUAUCCAUAAUCUAAGGGUUGGCUUGUUUGGAUUUCUGGAAACAAACAUUAAGAGAGCUAAGGCACAGAAAGCUUCUCUCAAUCUUUGUCAAGGCUGUGAAGUCAAACAUCAAGGGAAUGGGCUCAGUUUUAAUGUCACAUUAGUGUAUGGUUUUAAUAAGCAAGCAGCAAGAAGGAAACUCUGGGAAGAUAUCAACCAGAUAGGUACUCAGAUGGAUGGCCCUUGGGCUGUGAUGGGCGACUUCAAUUGUGUCCUUAACAAGGAGGAAAGAAUAGGAAGUAAAGUAAUAAUGGCUGAAACAAGAGAAUUUAGACAGUGUAUUGAAGUGUGUGGUUUGAAGGAGUUUAGAUCUUCAGGAGCUUUCUUCACAUGGAAUAACAAGCAAGGGGGAGAUAGUAGAGUUUAUAGUAAAAUAGACCGUGUACUGGUAAAUACUGAAUGGAUGACAGACUUGCAUGUAUCAGAAGUACACUUCAUGAGUGAAGGCAUAUAUGAUCAUUGUCCAGCAAUAAUAAAUUGGGAAGGGGGGAGUACAGGGCAUAAAAGGCAGUUUAGAUAUUUUAAUAUGUGGAGCCUAAUACCAGAAUUUAAACCAAGAGUACAAGAAGUGUGGAAGAAGGAGCUGAAAGCCACAAAGAUGUAUAAACUGGUGGGGAAGCUGAAUAGAACAAAGAGUGUACUGCAAAGACUAAACAAGGAAAGAUUUUCAGAUGUUGAAGGGAAGGCAGAAACAGCAAUGGCAAGCUUGAUAGAGUGUCAAGAAAAGAUCCAAAAAGAUCCUAGGAAUGCUGAACUAAUUAUAGAGGAAAUCAAAUUGAUGCAAGAAAGCAUUAAAUGGAAGGCAGCUAAGGAACAAUUCUUGAGACAAAAGUGCAAGAUACAGUGGCUGAGACAGGGUGAUCAAAAUAAAAAUACUUUCAUAAUGUGA